AUGGCUAUGGGAAAUGAAGCCAAACAGUUCGAGAAGCACCGCCACAUACGAAGGCCAAUAACGCCACUAGUGAAGCCACUGUUACAGUAUCACACUUGCAAUGAACCAUCUCCAGCGUCGGUUCCCUUGACCCACCUUGCCCUGGUCGUGAAUAAUCAAAUCAAAUCUUCUGGCACAAGCACAGACCACAACACAGCACAACACAAAGUCCAAGCAACACUGAAGGUCAAAGUUGAACUGAUGACCCGACAAGGACAGGAAUCACGAGCCCCUUCCCUCCUCUUGCCGAACUGGACUGCUUACUGCAGAAACACAACCACAAAAACACUACAGUUACCAACACAAAAACAUUGUAACCACUACGACAUUAACCUUGUAAGUGUAGAUACCACGAUGCCAGUGAUUUCACGACUUACAGGUACAACCACACCCUUCAAAGCCAGUGAUACCACAAACUACCAGGUACAGCCACACAACCCUUCAAAGCCAGUGAUAGUGAUACCACAAUCUACCAGAACAACCACACAACCCUUCAAAACCAGUGAUACCACAAUCUACCAAGAACAACCACACACCCCUUCAAAGCCAGUGAUACAACAAUCUACCAAGUACAACCACACAACCCUACUAAAACCAGUGACACCACAAUCUACCAAGUACAACCACACAACCCUUCAAAGCCAUGAUACCACAAUCUACCAGGUACAACCACACAACCCUUCAAAACCAGUGAUACCACAAUCUACCAGGUACAACCACCCAACCCUACUAAAAUCAGUGAUACCUCAAUAUACCAAGAACAACCACACAACCCUUCAAACCAGUGAUACCACAAUCUACCAAGUACAACCACACAACCCUUCAAAACCAGUGAUACCAAAAUCUACCAAGUACAACCACACAACCCUUCAAAACCAGUGGUACCACAAUCUACCAAGUACAACCACACAACCCUUCAAAGCCAGUGAUACCACAAUCUACCAAGUACAACCACCCAACCCUUCAAAGCCAGUGAUACCACAAUCUACCAAGUACAACCACACAAGUCUCCAAACCAGUGAUACCACAAUCUACCAAGAACAACCACACAACCCUUCAAAGCUAGUGAUACCACAAGCUACCAAGUACAACCACACAACCAUUCAAAGCCAUGAUACCAAAAUCUACCAAGUACAACCACACAACCCUUCAAAACCAGUGAUACCACAAUCUACCAAGUACAACCACACAACCCUUCAAAGCCAGUGGUACCACAAUCUACCAAGUACAACCACCCAACCCUUCAAAGCCAGUGAUACCACAAUCUACCAAGUACAACCACACAAGUCUCCAAAGCCAGUGAUACCACAAUCUACCAAGUACAACCACACAAGCCUCCAAAGCCAUGAUACCACAAUCUACCAAAAACAACCACACAACCCUUCAAAGUCAGUGAUACCACAAUCUACCAAGUACAACCACACAACCCUUCAAAAUCCAGUGAUACCACAACCUACCAAGUACAACCACCCAACCCUACUAAAACCAGUGAUACCACAAUCUACCAAGUACAACCACCCAACCCUACUAAAACCAGUGAUACCACAAUCGACCAAGUACAACCAUACAACCCUUCAAAGCCACGUGGCAAUGGCGAGCGCCCGAGUCCUCCGCAAGCAGACGACGGAUCAUUCUCCCACAAUUAACAUAUUCUUCAUUAACAUUCCCACCGCGAUCAAACACUCUCGUCAGAAGAUCUCGUCAGCCAAUUCACACGUUAAACCAUCAGUUACAGAAUGUCAGCUCUAG